AUGGAUUAUGCAAGCUCUCAAAGCAGUUUACGCUCAGUAAGUACUUCCAUCACUCGGAACACCGGGAUGGAACGUGGUGGAGCAAUCAACCUCGUAUUCGACGACAGCUACAUUGCUGCGAUUCGACCUGAACUCUACCAGAAAAGCAAUCGCAGCUCACAUAGUUCGGAUACUAGUUCAGCGUAUUCGGGUAGUGACACCAUGACUAGUGUUCAUUCAGGAAGUGUUUCUGUCGAGGCCGACGAAGUCGACUUGUCAGGUCUUGUAGAAUCGAUCGUCGAUUCAGAUGAAGACGACUUAGGUGACAGCAGUGAAAGCCUCACAGUUCGGGACACGGUGCGGGAAUGUCUGGAAAAGGAUCCUUCGGAAAGGACAGAAGACGAUGUUGAAAUCCUUCUGGAAUUCACUCAGCACCUAAAAGCCUUCACAAACAUGACAUUGGCCGUGCGUCGAGCGUUGUGCAGCGUCAUGGUAUUUGCCGUUGUCGAAAAAGCUGGCACCGUGGUUAUGAAUGACGGUGAAGAGUUAGACUCUUGGAGUGUACUGAUUAAUGGUCACGUUGAAGUCGAACAUGUAGACGGAAUUCCUGAUCAACUUCACAUGGGCGAUAGCUUCGGCAUUGUACCGACGAUGGAACGACUAUACCAUCGAGGUGUAAUGAGAACAAAGUGCGAUGAUUGUCAGUUUGUUUGUAUUACUCAGACUGACUAUUAUAGAAUACUUCAUCAAGGCGAAGAGAAUACUAAAAAACACGAAGACGAUGACGGGAAAUUGGUCAUGGUCACUGAACAAAGGGGUACAUUAGAAGCAGGAAGAAGGGGUCACGUAGUUAUUAGGGGAACACCAGAAAGACUGAUGCUUCAAUUGAUCGAAGAGAAUUCGGUUAUAGAUCCAACUUAUGUAGAAGAUUUUCUUUUAACUCACCGAACUUUCAUUAAAAAUUCAAUGGAAGUUGCCAAUCAAUUAUUGGAUUGGUUUAAUGAACCUUCUGCUAGAGAUCGUGUUACCAGAGUGGUGCUACUAUGGGUGAACAACCAUUUCACUGAUUUUGAAAUGGAUCCAGUGAUGAUGGACUUUAUUGAAAAGUUUGAAACUUGCUUAGAAGAGAAUAAAAUGGGUGGUCAAUUAAGACUAUUAAAUAUUGCUUGUGCUGCAAAAGCAAGAACUAGGUGUGUUACUCUAGCCAGGCCAUCUAGAGAUCAGGUGCUACAUUUUUCCAUUUUGGGAGGAUAUGAGAGAGGAUUUGGAAUUUUUAUUUCUAAAGUGGAUAAAAAAUCCAAGGCUGAAGAGGUAGGUCUUAAAAGAGGAGAUCAAAUUUUAGAAGUCAAUGGACAGAGCUUUGAACAUGUAACAACCCAUACACGUGCUUUGGAAAUUCUACGGGGUGCUACGCAUUUAAGUAUCACUGUCAAGUCAAAUCUUUUAGUGUUCAAAGAAUUGCUUGCAACUCCAGACAACUCGCCACGACCAAGAGGAAGACAGAAACAGUCAGUUGAAAUUGCUCGACUUCAAGAUGAUCCUAGAUCUAGGCCACUGCUUACUGCUAAUCUCCAUCCACCUAUCCAACAACCAAUUAAAACAAAUGCAUCUAACUCUUCAAGUAGUGGAGGUUUUAUGACUCUUGGUCCCAAAAAACGUCUCCAACGGGCUUUAAUGAAAAUGAAUAUUUUACCAAAAAAUAUUAUUGGUGACGUGUGUGAUGAUAGUUCUGUAUUGGCUAAAUCUGACUCUAGCUCAAAUUUUAAACAGUCACAUAGCCAUCCAGACUUAACAUCAAUAUCUUAUCUAGACGAUACUCGGGUAGUACCAGAUUAUCCAGAACAUGUACUUAAAGUGUAUAAGCCUGAUCAGACAUGUAAAUACUUAUUGGUUCAUAAAGAAACUACAGCUCAUGAAGUUGUCAUGCUUGCGUUACAAGAAUUUGGAAUCACUGAACAAAGUUCGAAUUAUUCACUGUAUGAAGUUUCAGUAUCCGAAGGUGGUAUAAUAAAACAAAGAAGAUUGCCAGAUCAACUCCAGAAUUUAGCUGAACGAAUUGGACUUAGUAGUAGAUAUUAUUUAAAAAAUGUUGUCAAUACAGAAACAUUAGUUGGAGAUGAACUUGCUGCUGAUUUAAUUAGAGAAAGUCAUGUUCAUUUCUUGCAAUUAAAUGCUGUUGAAGUAGCUGUACAACUAACAUUACAAGACUUUUCCAUAUUUAGGCAAAUUGAAGCAACAGAAUAUGUUGAUGACUUGUUUCAUUUGGACAGUCGAUAUGGAAUACCUAUGCUAUCUAAAUUUGCUGAAUUGGUAAAUACAGAAAUGUUUUGGGUUGUUACGGAAAUUUGCUCUGAACAUAACCUUAUUAGACGGUCAAAAAUGAUCAAACAAUUUAUAAAAGUAGCUCGUCAAUGUAAGGAGUGUAAAAAUUUUAAUUCUAUGUUUGCCAUUAUUUCUGGACUUGGACAUGGUGCUGUUAGUCGUUUACGACAAUCAUGGGAAAAACUACCCACAAAAUAUCAAAGAUUAUUUAGUGAUCUUCAAGAUUUAAUGGACCCUUCAAGAAAUAUGAGUAAAUAUCGUCAACUAGUCAGCAAUGAACAAUCUCAACCUCCUAUUAUACCAUUUUAUCCAGUUGUUAAAAAAGAUUUAACAUUUAUUCAUCUUGGCAAUGAUACACAUGUAGAAAAUUUAAUUAAUUUUGAAAAGUUAAGAAUGAUUGCCAAAGAAGUUAGAAAUUUAACAAAUAUGUGUUCGUCUCCUUAUGACCUAUUGACAAUGUUAGAACUUGGUGGACAACCCACAUCCAAUGCAAUGGUAGCUUUAAAUCAACUUACUACUGGUGUCAGUGGAGGAGCUCAUCAAGGAGGAGCUGCUACAGUUAAAAGAAGAAAAAAGUCUGCUGCUACACCUAAUCCAAAAAAAAUGUUUGAAGAAGCCCAAAUGGUCAGAAGAGUAAAGGCAUAUCUUGCAAAAAUGAAAGUAAUCACUGAUGAAGAAAAGUUACAUGAACUGUCCAUGAGUUGUGAAGGCUCUAGUGCUAGUGGCUCUAUAAUGGGACCAGGACCAAUAAGAAAACGACAUCCAUCACCAACGCUUUCAACAGCUAGUAGUGCUAGUAGUGCUAGUGAAGGGCUGAAAAAUACUGGUCCUAAAUUUGGCUCUGCAUCACCACAAGCUGUACGAAAAUUAUUAUCACUGAGUGAGCAAAAUAAAACUAGAUUACACCAACCCAGAUAUCAUAUGGCACCAUCUCCAGGUCCACCUACUAGACGUAAUAUCCAUCAACCACCAAGUGUUCCACCUACUACAUCUCAUGAACGUUCUCAUUCUGAUACUACGCCUCUGAAUCCCCCACCACCUCUACUCUUAUCAUCUGUUGAUCUUAAUGCUGAGAGCAGUAGUGUUACCAGCUUAUCAAACCUAUCUCUAAGAAAAGCUGUUACAUCUACGGGUUCAGUGACAUCCAGUGAUUCAGGGCAUUCAACACAAACAAGUGGUUCAACAGAUAUUUGCAUGCCACCGGGAGCCUCACCACCACCGCCACUCCAUUUGAGGAGACAUUCAGUACUACAACCACCAGCUGGUUAUCAAAUUGGAAACCGUCCUAUCUAUUCGUCAAACAUGCAAAUGAUGGGAUCAUCAACCAACUGCAUGCGGACGAGACCACCACCAGCUUACAACGCAAGUGUUGCCCAAAUGGCAGCUAGAAUGCAUCGUUUAGGUAGAGCACAUUCACAUGAAGGUGUCACAUCAACAUAUUAUCUACGAGACGAUAAUGAUGAUGAUGAUGAUGAUGAAGAUGCCCAAGUAUCUGCAGUAUGACUAGUCAAACCACCUCUGAUGUAAAAAAUUGGCCAUGAACAUAUCAAAACAAUAAUUACUUGUAAAAUUUUUAAAAAUAUGAUUUCCAUUAAUUUAUAAGUACAAAUUAAUGUUUUGAAUGUAUAAUAUAUUUUAGAGAUAUCCAAUGUAUUGGUAUAAUCUUAUAAGUUUUUUAAGGUUAUUCCAACUUAUGUAGCACUUAAUAUUCUUUUUAUCUUUUCUACAAAUUUUUAAUUUUGAUUUGCGCAAGAAAAAAAAAUG